UUGAGAAGCGAGAGGCCGGUGGUGUUGUGUGUGAUGCUCUUCACUUUUCAGUUCUGAUGGGAAAAAAUUGUUACCCUCCAAAAAACAAACGUAAGUUCUAAAAAAUGUACAUGAGAUAGAAGCGAUGUAAAACUGUGACCUUUGAACUAGUACAACCAACACGAACCAUUUUACACAUGUGAUGUGAUGUGAUGUAUAUAAAACGUAACCUACAGUUGUACAUGUAAGUGUAGCCAAGUCUUUCUUAAAGACUUGGAACUUCUGAAAUCCUUGGAUGAAUUAUUGCGUGAUGUCAACUUUUGCCGCUUGAAUGUUUUCUCUGGCUGAAACUCCAAAGACUGCACACUGAAGAAACCUAUUAAGUUCAGAAUUUCAGCGUGUCCUUUAAUAAGGUUGUCCACAACACUGGACUUUUGUGGUAUUUGUGGAUAAAAUUUAGGUACAAAUGUAAACAUUUUUUUAACCUGUAUGGAUAAAAAAAAGUGAGACAUGCUUCAUGUUUUAAAAAUAACUUGGCGUCUUAUGAUAAAACACUUUAUUGGAUUUAACAAAUAUGAAUUCUGAAACGGAGACACCUGAAAAUGUCCAAGAGUUAAAGCACCAAAAUGCCCACCGUGAAAAGAAACCAUUUGUUUGUGAGAUUUGUGGAAAGGUCUUCACAAAAAAACUUGACCUGAAAACCCAUCAGCGUGUGCACACUGGAGAGAAACCAUUUGUUUGUGACACUUGUGGAAGAGCCUUCUCACAAAAACAUCAUCUGCAGUACCACGACCGUGUCCACACUGGAGAGAAACCAUUUUCUUGUGAUAUUUGUGGAAAAGCAUUUUCUCAGAAAUACAGGUUACAAUCACAUCAAAGAGUCCACACUGGAGAGAAACCAUUUGUUUGUGACGUUUGUGGAAAAGCAUUUCCUCGCAAAAACAGCCUAAACACACACCAACUAGUCCACACUGGAGAGAAACCAUUUACUUGUGACAUUUGUGGAGAGCGUUUUACUUAUCAGUUUGCGUUAACUGGUCAUUACCAAAUACACUCCGAGGACAAACCAUUCUUCUGUAACAUUUGUGAAAAAGGUUUCCCAAAUGAGUAUGCCCUAACAACCCAUCAGCGUGUCCACACUGGAGAGAAACCAUUUGUUUGUGGCACUUGUGGAAAAGCCUUUAAACAAGAACAUUACCUGAAAUACCACGACCGUGUCCACACUGGAGAGAAACCAUUCCCUUGUGAUAUGUGUGGAAAAGCAUUUUCACUUAAAACCGGUCUGAAAGCACACCAAAGAAGAGCCCACACUGGAGAGAAACCAUUUGUUUGUGACAUUUGUGGAAAAUCAUUUGCUCAAAGUUGCGGUCUUAAAAUUCACUGUAGUGCCCACCACACUAAACAGAAACCAUUUGUCUGUGACAUUUGUACAAAGGGUUUUCCAAAUAAGCACAGCCUGAUCACCCAUCAGCGUGUCCACACUGGAGAGAAACCAUUUCUUUGUGACACUUGUGGGAAAGCCUUUUCACUAAAACGAAACCUCAAACACCAUAAACUUGUCCACACUGGAGAGAAACCGUUUUCCUGUGAUAUUUGUGGAAAAUCCUUUUCUCUUAAAACCAAUCUACAAAAGCACGAAAAACUCCACACGGGAGAGAAACGUUUUUCUUGUGAUAUUUGUGGAAAAGCUUUCACUUACAAAACCAGUCUAAAAGAGCACCACAGAGUCCACCAUUGAUAGAAACCAUUUAUUUGUGACAUUUUUUGUGGACAAUCUUUUUCAAAAAUGGAUAUUCUAAGUGAACAUCACAGUGUCCACUUUGAGGAGAGCUUAUGGUGAAAUUUGUGGAAAAGCCUUCUCAACAAGAAAACACCUACAUGUAAAGUACCAUAAUCUUGUACUGUAUUUUCUACACACAGGAGAAAAACCACUUGCCUGUGAGAUUUGUGGAUCAGCCUCCUCUCAAAAACAACACCUACUGAGGUGCCAAGCCUGUUCAUUUGUGAAAAACAUCCAGGCCUGUUUGUUUUGUUUUUGAAAGGGCAUGGGCACAAAAGCCUUUCUCCUUGGUAUAAAGGGCACUCUUUUAGGAAAUUGUAAAUUUCUACUGGAGCACCAAUGCGGCAAGUAGGUUUGUUGCCUCCCUGAAAUAUCAGGUUUGCACUUCUCAUUUUAACACUGGAUGGAGAGAAACUAUUUAUGACAUUUGUGGAGAAUCCUAGAAUUUCAUGAAGAAGUUUGUUCUCACUGACCUCUGCUCACUUUGAGUGGAACCAUUUAUCUGAAUAAUUUUUUAGAAAAGCAUUAAGAAUCUAGUAUUUCAUUUUCUUGGCUCUUGAGAGAAGCAGUUAUUUGUCUCACUCUGGGAUAUUUGUGAUUUUUUUAUGUGUGUAAAAAAAGGUCUUUUGAACUAUCAAAUACCAGGUGAUUUGGGGUGUGAGAUUUUCCUUAAAGACAAUGGACACUAUUGGUAUUGUCAAAGACCAGUCUUCUCACCAGUGUAUCUCAACAUGCACAAAA